AAGCUUUCAAUUACUUUCCACAAACUACAAUUUGGCUUUGAAGAAUCCUUAUGUGGCAGUUACGUAAUUUAAGGGUUUCUUGAAGGGCAUUUGGGUUCAGGUCUCACCCACUAUCUCCUCCAAACAAAGAAAAAGGAUACUCCUCCAACUCCGAACGCUUUUUCAAAAAAGAAAAAAAAAGAAGAAAGAAACCAACCUCAUUCUUUCCUUCUUCCCUGUACCCUCCAUCCCUCCCUCGAUCUAUAUAUUUAUAUGUACGUCUUUGUUUACUCGUAUACUUUCUUUAUUUGGUAACAACAAAAAAUAAAAAUAAAAAAGAAGAUUCUGGAAAAUAUGGAUACGCCGACGUCGGCGGGGGAUUCAUCGACGGCACGGAUCGUGGCGCGUUCCUCUAUGAUAGACUCGAUAAAAGCUUGCGGGUUGUCGAGUUUAACCGGUUUUAGGAUCGAUAAGGAAGAGCUUAGACGGAGGCUUUUGAUGCCUCAGUAUCUACGCCUUGCGAUGCAAGAUUCCAUUAGGAAAAAAGACGUCGACGGUGGUGACCAGCAUUUCCUUCUGCAUGGCUCCGUCGAUAUUCUCUGCCCUGAAAACCCUACAGUAGUUUUUAUUAACUCCCGAAGCGGCGGCCGCCAUGGCCCCGUCCUUAAAGAACGUCUCCAGCAAUUAAUCAGCGAAGAACAGGUAUUUGACCUCCAAGAUGUGAAACCGCAUGAAUUUGUACGGUAUGGACUGACUUGCCUUGAUAAGUGGGCUAACAACGGAGACCUUUGUGCCAAGGAGACACGGCACAACAUUAGAGUUGUGGUUGCUGGAGGUGAUGGUACAGUUGGUUGGGUACUUGGAUGUCUUGGAGAGCUUCAUCAAAAGGGUCGGGAGCCAGUUCCUCCUGUAGCUAUCAUUCCACUUGGUACAGGCAAUGACUUGUCUAGAAGUUUUGGUUGGGGAGGUUCAAUUCCUUUUGCCUGGAAAUCAGCUAUUAAAAGAACUCUGCACAGAGCUACUACUGGUCCAAUUUGCCGUCUAGAUAGUUGGCAUGUUGUGUUGCAAAUGCCUGGCAUGGAAGUUGUUGAUCCUCCCCAUUCUUUGAAGGCUACAGAAGAGUGUGCUCUUGAUCAGACUUUGGAGAUUGAGGGGGACGUUCCAGACAAAGUGAACUGCUAUGAAGGUGUAUUCUAUAAUUACUUUAGCAUAGGAAUGGAUGCACAAGUGGCUUAUGGAUUCCAUCAUUUACGUAAUGAGAAACCUUACCUUGCACAAGGUCCUAUUACAAAUAAGAUUAUCUACUCUGGUUACAGUUGCAGUCAGGGUUGGUUUCUCACACCUUGCAUAAAUGAUCCAAGUUUAAGGGGGCUCAAGAACAUUUUAAGGAUCCAUAUUAAAAGGGUCAAUUGCUCGGAAUGGGAGCAGAUUCCAGUCCCUAAAAGUGUGAGGGCAAUUGUGGCUUUAAAUCUUCAUAAUUAUGGAAGUGGGCGAAAUCCAUGGGGUAAUCUCAAACCAGAGUAUUUGGAAAAGAGAGGCUUUGUUGAGGCCCAUGCUGAUGAUGGUCUUCUAGAAAUUUUUGGCUUAAAGCAAGGAUGGCAUGCAUCAUUUGUAAUGGUUGAUCUCAUAUCUGCAAAACACAUUGCACAGGCUGCUUCGAUUAGAAUGGAGCUAAGGGGUGGAGAGUGGAAAGAUGCAUAUAUGCAGAUGGAUGGGGAACCAUGGAAACAGCCCAUGAGCGAGUAUUCAACUUUUGUGGAAAUUAAGCGGGUGCCUUUUCAGUCACUAGUGAUCAGUGGAGAGUGACAUUGGCGAAUCCUCAAGCAUGGUUGUCACCAAAGGGUUUGUAAAUUAUAUUUGUUUCCCCCCAGUGACAAAAAUACAUAGGAAUAGGGUAUCUGUUGUAUCAAAUACAUUUGCAGUCAAUUACAUAUAUAUAUAUAUAUAUAUAUGUGCCAUUCCAU